AUGAAAGCAUGGAAAUUGUUCUAUAUUUUAGCUAUCUUUCAUUAUUAUUCAGUGGAAAUGAGGGGUCCUGAUCGCAGCAGAGAAUUCUUCAAGUGCAACAAUGAUCUAAUACCAAGUACAGAGGCAAAAAAAUCUGCUGCUCUUGGUUGUGAUCAAUUGAAAAUUGCCCAUCCUACGAGUAUAUUUCCAGCAUCGUACAUUGACCCUGGAGUUUUUGGCAAGGAAAAUACUGCGUACUUUACAUGGCCAGUAUAUGUAAGAGAUAAUACAUUGUCGCGAGAUUUUUCUAGCCAAAACCGUGUUCUAAUAGACUCAGACUGCCAAUUAAUUGGUCUCGUAAAAUUCACGUCUCAAGGACAAGAAGCCUGUAUGCAUCUGAUAUCUCGUCACAAAACUGAGUUGGAUCAUAGUAAACAUUCAGAUCAAUCACUGUGGACAAAUCUUCCACAUGCUGGCUUUAAAUACAAAAAAGAGUUGUACCUCACAAGUGAUAUUGAAGAUUUUAUUCAAUCUGAUACGCAAUUUUUGCUCAAAUGCUACAGUUCAAUUGAAACAAUACUUGAUUUUGCCGCCCCAACGAGUCUUGGAACAAUUAAAGUCUGGAAAUGUCCAAUCGCACUUGAAAAUGGAGUUAUUAAGAGCGGAAAAAUUCAUUCUAUUCGCUACUUACUAUUGGGGCAGGAUAGGAAGAUUAUCGGUGUAGCCCGCAGGGAUAUGAAUCGGAUGAGAGUUCUCACUGAAGUUCGGAUUCUCAACGAAGCAGACAAGGCGAAGCUUGAAGCUAAAAAGUCGACAGAGGGAGUUGAGGAAGAAGUUCCUGAUGUAAAAUAUGACGGAUUUCUUUUUACAUCUUCAUUGCUGAAAAGCCAUCGUCGAGUUGCUUGUUUUACACUGCGAAAUGAUGGGAAAUCAAUAUUACCAUUGAGCGCAUAUCUUUCCAAUAACAGUGAUGAGAGUAGUGCAGGUCAGGCUACAUGGACGUGGCCAUUGAGAAUGCCCGAGACUUUUCGCAACGAUCGGAAUUACUUGUUAUUAAUAAACAAUCUCUGUGAGAUUAUUGGCAUAAGGAAGGGAAUCCUUAAACUCAAUACUCCCCGCAUGAAAGGUGGUCUGAGAGAAUAG